CACGCCAUUCGUUUGAGUAUUCGAACGCGUCGCGUCGUUCUAAAUUUAAAAUCGUUAAUUUCGCGCGCGAUGUGUGAAGUGCAUAUUUUGUUCUAGACUUUCAGUGCACUCUAGUUCUUUUUUUUGAUAUUACGAGCAGAUCGCCCCCGUCCAUUCCAAAGACUCAAAUUUGCUAAACUAUGAAUGAAAGUGUAGUGAAAUAAUACAAAAUGAAUAAGUUCAUGAAGAGAGUGAAGAUAUGGAGCGGGGUAUCCAGCCCGGCGGCUGUUGAGCUGAGUAAGAGCCAGUACUCCCUGGUCUCCACAGGGGAGCUCACGGCAGAGGCCCUUCAGGUCUGGCUGAAGCUGCCCAAGAGGAUCAAAUAUGACCCAGAGUUGAAGCCCUUCAGAGAACGAUACGAGAAGGAGAUCGCAAGCAGACAAGAGAGUAUACCUCUGAAGCUCAAGAACGGCUCCAAGCGACUACCGUCGGUGAAGUCAGCCCCACAUUUGGACAACAACCGCGUGGUAGAGGAGACGCCGAAGCCAGAUGGAGUCAGUUUCCUUGUGCCUGAUGAGGAGAACCAAAGUACUGACAGUGAUGAAAAGGCACGCAAGACUAUGCUGUCGUGUUUCCGACAUUACCUGAAGAUGUUCCUGCUGCUGGUGUGCUGGGUGUUCUUCACGCUGGUGUUCAUGCUGUACAACGAGAAGGAGGUCGUCACCAGACACUCUUCUGUCAAUCCGGGGGAAAUAAAGAAUUACCUCCUCAACAUAUCCGAUGAUCAGCUGACGAUCCUGACGAAGAUCUCCGGUCCCUUCCUCACCGAGCAGGGGGAGAAGAAACUGAACGUUACGGAGGUCCAGGACUCCCCCAAAAUUAUGUUCUGGUUGGAGUUCUGGGCGGACAACACGUAUGGGACUAAUGUCUCAGAAACAGAGAUAUCGGAACGGAAAUCGCUGCUUCUACACGACGACGAGUUGGACUUCAACACUGGUGAGCAGAGGAGUCUUCGGCUAAACCUCAAACCCAUAACCAAUGGUACCGGGAGCUUCGUCCUACGGAUGCAGUCUACGUCUAGCCAGGCUGCUCCCAUAACCCUGAGUUAUACCGUCAGCCCCAUAGAUCCGACCACUGGGGUCAUAUACUCCUGUGUACUGCUGUGCGGACUGUACGUGCUUAUUAUAUUUGAGAUAAUAAACCGCACGAUGGCUGCAGUGAUAGUGUCCACCACCUCCCUGGCGAUUCUAGCCAUGAUGGGGGAGAGGCCGUCCCUCCCCGAGCUGGUCUCCUGGCUCGACGUGGAAACCCUGCUGCUGCUGUUCAGCAUGAUGAUCCUGGUUGCCAUCAUGGCGGAAACCGGAAUGUUCGAUUUUCUGGCAGUAUUUACCUUUGAGGUGACGAAAGGCAAGUUAUGGCCGCUGAUCACACUGCUGUGUGCCAUCACGGCGCUGCUGUCCACCUUCCUCGACAACGUCACCACCGUCCUGCUCAUGACGCCUGUUACCAUCAGGCUAUGCGAGGUGAUGGAUUUGAACCCGGUGCCGAUCCUGAUGUCGAUGGUGCUGUUCAGCAACAUCGGCGGUACCGCCACGCCCGUGGGAGACCCGCCCAACGUCAUCAUCGCAUCCAACAGGAUCGUCGUGCAAUCAGGCAUAAACUUCGCGAACUUCACGAUGCACAUGACAUUCGGCAUUCUGCUGGUGUGCGUGCAGACGUACUUCCAGCUGCGGUACAUAUACCGGGACACCAACAAGCUGCGCCUUAACGACCCACGAGAGGUCCAAGAUCUACGUCAGCAAAUAGCAGUAUGGCGUCGCGCGAUCGAGUCCCUGCCGCUCCUGAGUCGGGACCAGCAGAUCGUGCGGGAGCGGCUGGAGCGGAAGAUGCACAAGCUGACCGCCCAGCUUAACGUCACCAUCAAGCAGAGCAAGAACAGGGUGUGCCCCAAGGACACCUUCCAGACCACACUCGAUCAGCUCAAGGAUAAGUACAAAAUCCGAGACAAGUACCUCCUGCUGAAAGCUGUAUUCGCCAUUACCUUCGUGGUGGCGGUGUUUUUCCUUCAUUCCAUACCUGAAUUGAACCGCGUAUCCCUGGGCUGGACGGCGCUGCUGGGCGCCAUCUUGCUGCUGACGCUGGCCGACCGCGAGGAUCUGGAGCCGAUACUGCACCACGUCGAGUGGUCUACGCUGCUGUUUUUCGCAGCGCUCUUUGUGCUUAUGGAGGCGCUAUCUAAGUUGGGACUUAUAGCCUUUAUCGGUGGCAUCACCGAGUCGCUCAUCUUACAAGUGGACGAAAAAGGACGAUUGGCAGUAGCCAUCCUGCUUCUAUUGUGGGUGUCGGGCAUCAGCUCGGCGUUCGUGGACAACAUUCCGCUGACGACGAUGAUGGUGCGCGUGGUCAUCGCGCUCGGCUCCAACCCUGCGCUCAACCUGCCCAUGACGCCGUUGAUAUGGGCGCUGUCAUUUGGCGCUUGUUUAGGAGGUAACGGCACGCUGAUCGGCGCGAGCGCGAACGUGGUGUGUGCUGGCGUGGCGGAGCAGCACGGCUACCGGAUCUCCUUCGUGCAGUUCUUCCGCGUCGGCUUCCCGGUCAUGAUAGGCCAUCUGUUCGUCGCAUCAGGUUACUUGCUGUUCUGUCACUGCCUGUUCGAAUGGCACUAGGUUUUGUAAAAGUUGCGUUUUGUGAUAAACUCUAAUUGUGGUAUCAGAGACUUUAACAUAAUGAUUAUUUGACGAUUUCUGCUAAACUGUAACAGAAAAUGUAUGGAGCUAAUGUCCAAUUCUUCACAAAAUUGAAGUAAUCAUAAAAUCUCUCUGAGUGCAGCCUUAACACAUGUUUGGAUCUGAACCAUAAAGUUAAUAUACCUAGCGGAAUAGAGCAACAAUCUCGAGCUG